UUGGGAAGACAAAUUUCAGAUGGAGUUGUUGCCCACGCUUUCUAUCCGCGAGACGGUCGACUCCACUUUGAUGCCGAUGAGGACUGGACUUUGAACUCUGAUCAAGGAGUCAACCUGUUUCAGACGGCUGUACAUGAAAUUGGCCAUUUGUUGGGGUUGGAACAUUCUGUGGAUCCUCGUGCGGUAAUGUUUUCUGCCAAACGACCCUAUGAUCCUGAUUUCACUCUGGGAGAUGACGACGUGCGGGCAAUUCGUGUGCUGUUUCCGUUCAGCGAUGACAUGGAAGACAGUCAAGCGUUUGAAAAGCCUUCUGCUAAAUAUGGCGAUGCAGACCAAGAGAUGACCAUAUCCCAAGUGGUCGAAAACCUCCUCGGUGGACCACCACCAGUUACAGCUAAACCGUUUGUCGUAACGUCAGACGAGCUCACUUUCCCAUUUCCACUUCCCCGGACAAGCGGUCUUAGCAAGGGCACCUUGGUGCAGUAA